CGCUUUGCAAAGAGGUUCGAGUUCUCUGAAUAACACCAAAUGGAUGCCAUCGAGAUCCAAAUCUAGUUAUGAAGUUGGCAGUUGAAAUGCGUCUUCCGAACUGUUAAUCUGUUACUGAUCUUAUUAGCUUUAGCUUUAACAACUACUAGGAAUAAGAUACUAAGUUUAAAGCAACAAAAUUUGAUUUGCAUUUAGUUUCUUGGCGUUUGUAUUCAAAAGGGCCGGGAGAGAGUAAAGUUCGAGAUAAUUCAGCUCUGUUUCUUGAUAAUUAUGUUUUGUUCUUUUUUGUUCAUGUAAGAAAGUGGAAGGGACAGUGCAGUUUGACAUGAUUUAGCUCUUACCGUUGUUUGUCCAGAAACAGCAAAGGUUUGAUCUUUUAUUCUUGUCUUUGUGGGAGGGAAAGAGCUCAUGUCCAUCAGUUUCAUCUUCAGGUACUUUUGUGUUGCCAAACAUCUGGUCAACUGAAUUGUAAUCUCUUGUGUCAUCUUGUUUCAAAAAAAAAUCUCUUGUGUCACCAAAUUAUUGGGCUCCUGAAUUUGUUAUUUUACUGAGAUGCUGAUUAAUAGAUACACUUGGUUGGGCAGAAACCCAGCAAACCCCGAGAAAACUUGUCGGGUAGAAGUGCAUCUGAGAAACCUUCUCAACGCGUUGCACGGCUCCGUAGGCGCAGCAGAGCGAUGACACCGUCACUUGAUCCGCCGCCUAGCUAGCCUCCGCCAACUUUUUAUUCGCCACCGCUGCGGCUUCCAUCUCUACGCCGCCUCACCCUAUCUCCCUGAGAUGAUGGAAGUUGAAGCCGCUGCACCUCUGAUCUAGCAUCUGCCUUUUUUAUGUGCUGGUGCUUGUGACCAGAGUUUAAAAAUUGAUUUUUUAUUUGAUUUACUAUAUGAUCAUCCUUGGUAUUGCUGUGUAAACUGAUUUUUUGGUUGUUGAACUAUCCUCGCCUUCCAAACAGAUAAAUCAAUGGAGAGUAUAAAUGAGGAAGGUGUUCGUGGUGUAACAGUGUUUUGGGUGACAGGAAUUCUCCCAAUCCCAAUACACUCAAAUAUUUGAUACACUUCUGCCAUACGAGGUCUUAGUGUAAAUUCUGCUUGUCUAUCCAUAGAUCUCUGCCACAAGUAAAAAAGCUGCAUCAGUUAAUACCCCAUACGUUCCCCUCUUGAUCAUCUGGUACCUAAAAUGCCUAGCAAAAUGCCAAUGAUUCACAUGGCAUGUCGUCAUAAACUGCCUUAUUAAUGCCAAGAAAAUGACGAGAAGGUGUACACAAUGACAAUGAUCUGACGCAACCUUCUCGUUUGUCUUAGAGCCUGUGGUGGCAUGUAUGAUCAGUAAUACCGAAAAGAUUCCUUUUGGUAUUUUUCGAAUACUUUUGAACACUUUGGUGAUAAGCUGAGUCAGCUGACCCAAAAGGAAACAGAAUUUGGUGCCAUCUGGUUAAAUAAUUGCAGCUAGGCUGUUGUUGACAUGUGAAGGAUCUUUCGCUGAGUCCUUGGACCAGCCAUUGCUACUCCACUGCAAAAGCAGCAAACUGCAUCUAGCCCAGUCAAGUACUGUCUGCCUAGUGUCAGGCAUGCAAGUUUCUGAGCCAGCAUUGAAGAAACAAGAUUCAUCGGGUAUGGAUGCAAUGAUGUCAGAAGAGUAUGCUUGGCAAUCCAAGUUAUUGGAAGACUUCACUUGUGUUCCAAGCAUAGACAGUGCUUGGGUUUUCAAAACCAGCAAUGGAGACAUAUCAACAGCAAUGUUUGCUAUUAGUCAAGCAGACCUACUGGCGAACAACACAAGAAAACAUAUUUUGUAUUCUCAUAUUUCGAGACAUGGAACUGACCCUCUAGAGUGUCAAUGGUCUCCAUUCCCUAUUGAAAUGACCGGAGUAUCUGUUGUCGUUCCAUCCCCUUCUGGAUCGAAACUUCUUGUGGUGAGGAAUGGAGAGAAAGGUUCAUGUACAAAACUUCAAAUUGUUGAUCAAUCACAUGUGGAUAAAGAAAUACAUGUAGAUCAAUCUACACAUGGUCCACUUUUUAUUGAUGAGUGGUUUCAAGGGAUUUCCUGGAACCAAGAAGAAACCUUCAUCGCAUACAUCGCUGAAGAGUCACCUAGACCAACACCAGCUUUUGAUGAUGCCGGAUAUAGGAAGGAGGGCUCUUCGGAGAAAGGCUGUAAUAGCUGGAGAGGACUGGGGGAAUGGGAAGAGAACUGGGGUGAAACUUACUCCAAAAAAGGGAGACCCUCACUGUUUGUUCUUGAUAUUGCUAGUGGCGAAGUACGUACUGUAAGAGGAAUUGCAAAAUCAUUGAGUAUUGGUCAAGUUGUUUGGGCUCCACCAUCUUCAACUGGCCAUCAGAAGCAUUUGGUUUUCGUGGGAUGGUUAGAGCACAAUGGGUUUCAGAAAACUCCUAGAAAACUCGGCAUCAAGUACUGUUCUAACAGGCCGUGUUCCCUCUAUGCAAUUCGUUGCCCUUUCGAAGAACCAAAUACGGAUAACGCAUCGCUUAGUGGUGGUAAAUCAGACUCUGCUUCAGUAGUAGCGAACUUAACCCCAAGCAUAAGCAGCGCUUUCUUUCCACGGUUCAGCAAGGAUGGGAAACUUCUGGUGUUUCUAUCUUCAAAAUGUGCAGUAGAUAGUGGAGCACAUAAUGCCACAGAUUCGCUGCAUAAAAUCAACUGGCCUUCUGAUUGGAAAACAGAUGAACAUCUUGAUAUGAUCGAUGUGGUUCCUCCUGUAAUGUGCCCUGAUGAUGGCUGUUUUCCGGGUCUAUACUGCUCAUCCAUGCUAUCUGAUCCUUGGCUUUCUAAUCACUGUACGAUAAUAUUAACAUCUGCUUGGAGAAGUACUCAAGUGAUACUAUUAGUAGAUGUUUUAAGUGGGAAAGUAACAAGAAUAAGUCCAGAACUCUCGGAUUACUCAUGGAGCGCCCUUGCAGUAAAUGUCAGUGAUGUCCUCUCUGUGUCAAGUAGUCCCAUCGACCCUCCUCAGAUUAGUUAUGGCCAUGAAGCGUCAAAGGAGGAUCAUCAAACACGCGGAUGGGUUUGGGAGGAAGUUACAAGUCCGCUCAUGGCAGGCAGUAAUAAGGUGAAGGCUUUGUUAUCGCAUCACAAGUUCAGUAUACUCAAAAUUCCGGUUACUAACCCAUGUGAUGAACUCUCUGACGGUGGUCAGCUUCCAUUCGAGGCCAUCUUUGUGUCCUGCGAGGACAGUUCGCAGAAACCAACUGUUUUAAUCCUUCAUGGUGGCCCACAUUCGACAUCCGUAUCAAGCUAUUCGAAAUCGUCAGCGUUUCUCGCUUCACUUGGAUUUAACCUGCUUGUUGUAAAUUAUAGAGGUACACUGGGAUUCGGAGAGGAGGCUUUGCAGUCACUUCCUGGAAAAGUUGGGUCACAGGAUGUCCAAGAUUGUCUUAUGGCAGUAGACUACGUAAUCAAGGAAGGACUGAUCGAUGCGUCUAAAGUAGCUGUUGUCGGAAUUUCGCAUGGUGGAUUCUUAUCAACCCAUUUAAUCGGUCAGGCUCCUGAUAGAUUUGCCGUGGCGGCAGCUCGAAACCCAGUCUGUAACCUGUCACUGAUGGUUGGCACGACUGACAUCCCAGACUGGUGCUACGCGGUGGCAUGUGGAACUGAGGCCAAACACCUAGCCUCGGAAUCCCCUUCCCUUGAUCAUCUAAGACUCUUCUACCAGAAAUCACCAAUUGCCCAUAUUUCAGAAGUGAAAGCGCCUUUGCUUAUGCUUCUAGGAGGAGCAGAUCUCCGGGUACCCGUUUCAAAUGGCCUACAGUACGCAAGAGCUUUGAGAGAAAGAGGAGGCGAUGUCAAAAUCAUGAUGUUCCCAGAGGACAUACAUGAAAUCAAUAUACCACGAUCGGAUUUCGAGAGCUUCCUCAACAUCGGAAUCUGGUUCAAGAAAUAUCUCAAAUAGAUUUGAGGAGAAGCUCAGAAUUUUUCAAAUAUCUCAAAUGGAUCCGAGGAGAACUUCAGAAAUUUUCAAAUAUCUCAAAUAGAUCCGAGGAGAACUUCAGAGUUUUUCAGAGCAGUAUUUUUGCAAGUUAGGCAUUUGAGAAUUGACAACAGCUGCUUGGCUUUGAAAACUAUCUGAACAAAAUUGCUGGAAAAAGCCUUUGAAACAGCCACUCCAAAAGGCCAGAUUGUACACGUUGUGAAGUAUAGCUGUACGACCUGCUCAUUUGGGCCAGAGCGAGUACGGUCUGUAGGCGGUAUUAGUUAACUCUGAAAAUUUGAUGGGCUGAGUACUGUUUUUUUUUAGAAAAAAAUAAAUACAGUUCAAGGUCAUUCCCGAUUUGCCAAAAAAAAAAAGAAGGCCACCCCCGAGCUUCACUGGUGUGUCUACUCCUGUAAUCCUGUUUUAUUGUAACGACAACUCUAUUAUUAUAUUCCCUGCGU